UGUGGUUGGAUGAAGUCGUGUCCUGGAGAAGUUUUCACUGCGUGCUUCAGAAGUACGUGAGGAUUGUGGCGCAUUGGACGACUGUAGUGUUGAAUGAACGGAAGGAAGGAGGAGGCAGAUCAUACAUUAACUCCUGCUGGCUGCGGGGACUCUCCACUUGAUAGAAGCAAAGACAGAGGGAUGCACUCACAAUACUGACAGCUUUUGGAGGAGAAGCGACAAAUGAAACCCAAACGCAAAACCACUUAAUUUUAUUUUUUUGGCAACCCGGUGGGGUUUUCCAGGGGAUUUUACGCACCGCAAAAAGAGUGAAGAAAACGCUGCAGAGAUGAGUGUUUGUUGGUUUCCCAUGCUCCUGAAGGAUCCCCUCUCCUGAUAAAGGGACCAAAGAGGACAAAACAAGGCUGUCCAUGAUAUUUUCCCAAAGAAGAUUGCAAAGGUGGAGCGAUUAGAGAAGGGCUGAUGACGGGACUAUUAAUCCUUUCAGUGCAUCAAAAGCACCAAAGGGAAUUAGAAACGCUUGGAUGGAAAUCGGGCGAGUGUUUAGAACUGUUUUUGGUUUUAUAUGAAACUGGUGAUUAGUUCAUCUGCAAGGAAUUUUUUUCCCAACUGAAGAUUGUUAUCAAGGAGUAAAGAAAAAUUGUUUCACGGAAAGGUUGCAUGGUAUGAGCGGUCUCCCGGAGUGAAUUUUCAGAAACUCUAUUCUCAAUCUUUUUUUUUUCUCUUCAAGUAUUCCUAAAUCUAAAUGGAAUUAGUUGAGUCUGAAGCCGUUUGUGAAAGGAACAGACAUGGUACAUGGGCACAGCUUCCAUCACGUUGUUGCAAGUCUUCUCAUACUUGGGUUGUCUGGGGCAACAAGGAAGGAUACAGCAGUGAAGAACAACUCUGGAGUGAAGCCUGCAGGUCAAUGUGGAACUUGGGUGAAAGAACCAGAAGGAGGGCUCUUCACUUCUCCCAAUUACCCGAACAAAUACCCUCCAGACACAGAGUGUGUUUACAUCCUUGAAGCACCCCCGAGGCAGUGUAUUGAUCUACACUUUGAGGAGAAUUAUUCAAUCGAGUCCUCUUGGGAAUGUAAAUUUGACAACAUCGAGGUUCGGGAUGGGCCCUUUGGCUUCUCCCCGAUACUGGGACGCUACUGCGGUCAGCACAGCCCGCCUGAUAUCAGGAGUAGUGGCCGAUAUCUGUGGAUAAAAUUUGUUACGGAUGGUGAACUGGAAGCGGUGGGAUUUUCAGCAAGUUACAACUUCACUGCAGAUCCGGACUUUGCAGAUUUGGGAGUCCCCCCACCUCUGCCCUCCUGUCAGUAUGACAUGGUUGGUCCAGAAGGUAUCGUUGAGUCCCAUCAGAUCACCAGAGACGGGAAGGCUGGCGCCACAGAGGCCGUCGACUGCAAAUGGUACAUCCGUGCUCCGCCGCGCUCCAAGAUCUACCUGCGUUUUCUCGACUACGAGAUGGCCAAUUCCAACGAAUGCAAGCGAAACUUUGUGGCAGUGUAUGAUGGUGGCAGUUCGGUGGAAGACCUGAAGAGCAAGUUCUGCUCCACGGUGGCCAACGACAUCAUGCUGGUCUCCACGCUGGGCGUCAUCCGCAUGUGGGCGGACGAGGGCAGUCGCAAAAGCCGCUUCCGCAUCCUUUUCACCACCUACCAAGAACCUCCAUGUGAUGCAGAUGCCUUCUUCUGUCACAGUAACAUGUGCAUAAACAACACGCUGGUGUGUAACGGCAUGCAGAACUGUGUCUACCCCUGGGAUGAGAACCAAUGUAAAGAGAAGAGGAAAGCCAACAUCUUGGACAACCUGAACAACACAAAUGGGACCAUCAUUGGCGUCACCUGUUGCAUCGUCCUCAUCCUCCUCAUCGUCUCUGUCAUCGUCCAGAUCAAGCAGCCACGUAAAAAGUACAUCCUGCGGCGUGAGGACUUUGACCCCACCAUGUUCCAGGAGGUCUUUGAGCCGCCUCACUAUGAGCUGUGUACUUUACGGAGCGCCACCACAGCCGCUGCGGCCUCAGCAGACUUAGUCGACCUGGCGGAAGACUUUGAAAACUACCACGCCCUUCGCCGUGCCUCCUCACGCUGCGUCCACGACCACCACUGUGGCUCUUCCUCCAACCCCGGCUCCGCCCACAUAUCUCAGCUGUCACUCAGUGGACGAGAAAGCCGCGGGAACUUGAGCGCUCGAGAGGCAGCGGCCGCCACUCUGCUCACAGACCUCCCACAGCCGCCUAUGUCGGUGCGGCCAUUGCUGCCGUCAACUGGAAACCGCAGGAGCAUCUUGGUCAUGAAGCACAGCUAUUCGCAAGAGGCAGCGGACAAUGGAUGCGACCUGGACGAUGACCUGGAAGAAGUUCCCACCACCAGCCACCGGCUUUCACGCCAUGAAAAGGCAGUACAGCGGUUCUGCCUCAUUGGCUCUUUGAGCAAACAUGAAUCAGAGUACAACACAACUAGGGUCUAAGAGACAAUCUCAAGACUUCUUGAGAAUAGUGCAAUCCUGGAUCAGUACGAACGGGCGUCACUGACAUAUGAAAAAGCGGAGCGGAGAUUUACACCAGCAUGAUGCUGAUGAUCAAGGGACACUUUGACGAAAGGAUACUGAAUAUGUAUUCAUGUGCAAAGAUGAACACAAAGGACUAGAUGAAAUGCUGUGAGUCGUGUCAGCUCUGUACGUACUGUAGUCAAUCCAGAUUUUUCUUUUUUGUCUCGCUGGAAAGAACUGGACCCUUAGAAUGAUCGUGACUACUGAUUAUUCAUUAUUAAACUUUAAAUUUGGGAUGUUAGCCAGAAACAUAUCUGUCAUUGUCAUAGAUUCCUCACUGAAAACUAAAUUAAUGUGAUCAAACAUCUUUGAGUUCAUUUUUAGGCAUGUAUUUUUCAAAUGAGUGGCAUACAUAUUAUGAUUUUUAUAGCAAAUUAUAGACGCUUGCCAUUUGUCAAAUCUAGAAGAAAAUAUUAUUAUUAUUAUUAUUAUUAUUAUUGGUGAUAAUUGGAACUAAUUACUAACCUAAUUAAAUUUAAAGCUGUUGGAAUAACCAGAAGCAGUUUAAUUUGGAUAACAGUGUGGCUUGUGCAUGCUUCUUUUAUAUCCAUCAAAACAUUAACAUACUAACAUUAAAAUGAUGAAAAGCGCCCAUCUACUAAUGCAUUAGUCAUAGGACAUAAAGAGUAGUAAAAAAAAAGAAUUGCAUUGCAUGUCGUUGCAUAGCCAAAUCAUUAGAUAAAGACAACUGCGCAAAUGAAAUUCACCAUUUUCAUUUUAAAACAAACUCCCUUUUAAAUAUGUUGACUAACUUUUUGACAGGCUUUUUUUUUCUUUUCUUUUGACAAAGAAUACUUUUUGUUUUUUGUUUUGGCAAACGUAUUUACUACAAGUCUGUUUGUCUUCUAACUCUCUUCUACUGUAGGAGCUUAAUAUCUUUGUAUUAAAACAGACUUUUAUACUCGAGCAAAUUGAAAGGAUGACAGUUUUUACAGUUAUUCAAAUUAUCUUUCAGGGCUGAUUUUACUGAUGCUUUGUAAAAUAAAAAAUAAAGCUUCACCUUUUUUUCUUUAUUUUGUUGGCUUCUGGUCAGCAGUUCCUCUGUCCCUUUCAGUGUUUCUUCAGACUGUCAGCGCACUCUAUCCAUCCACGCCUCACAUUCAUAUAGAUGUUGGUUUAUUUGUUGUGGCUGAUUUGCUUUAGAGAAAGACCCAAACAAAAGGAUUUGUUUCACCGAGCAGGACAAUAAAAUAAGUCCUUGGCGGUUCAAAUAAUCGCAAGUCUCUGACAGACAAGUUAAUUGACUUUUUGUGUUUGUCCUGAUGGGAUUAACCCCAUAUAUACUGCAGAGGGGACAGAUCAGCUUCACACUCUAAUAACACUGUUAGCAGGCUGCUUUUGUAGAAAAACAACCUGCAAUAUAUGGAAGGUGAGAAUAGCUGUGAGCACAAUGACAUAAACCAUUCACACACUUCUGAGUUCCUAUUUUCUUCUUACUGUGUCAGCUUUUGAAGCUAUUUACCAUCUAUGUGUACAUUAUUUUCUGUAUUCAAUGUCAUUUAUGUAUUAUUUACAUCCAUGCUCUCCACUCUCCUUUGACUCCAUAGACACACAAUCAUACACAGAUCCAUAUUUCUGCACCUACUAAAUAAAACAGAUUUUUUUCUAUGCACACAUUGCACUCAUGUAUGUGUUGACUCUCUGUUUUACAACAUUUCUGUUACAGAUAUUUAAGCAUUGAAAACAUCUCACACAAACACUCACCUGUUCCUGUUUCUCUUCUUUACUCCCUCCCUCUUAA